AUGCUGGAAAAGUGGCUUAAAGAACAUCAGAACUAUACGGCAGUGACAACGUUUUUCAUUCUGGGCUUCCCAAAUACUAGGAAAAUCGAAAUCUCUCUCUUUUUUCUCUUUCUGAUUAUGUACCUUCUUACAGUGCUCGGCAACAUCACCAUAGUCAUCACAGUUAAGACUGACAGCCACCUUCAAACUCCCAUGUACUUCUUUUUAGGGAACCUAUCACUGAUGGAUAUAGGCUACGUAUCUUCCACUGUUCCCAAACUGUUGUCCAUCUUGUUAACAAACAGGCAUGCCAUUAGCUUUGCUGGGUGCUUGUUGCAAUCCUAUUGCUUUUUCUUCCUCGGGUCAUCUGAAUGCUUCCUGCUUGCAGUUAUGGCUUAUGAUCGAUAUGUUGCCAUAUGUUACCCUCUGAGAUAUUCUACCAUCAUGAGUAAAAGAGUGUGUGUGCUUCUUGUGAUGGGCUGUUGGGCAGGGGGCUGCUUGUCCCCUUUAGUAGCUGCUAUUGUGGUGAUUAACUUACCCUUCUGUGGACCCAAUGUCAUAAACCAUUUCUUCUGCGACCUUCCCCCUCUAUUACGCCUGGCUUGCAUAGACACAUCUCUUACCCAGAAGAUUGUAUUCCUGCUUUCAGCUAUGGUGAUUCUGAGCACAUUCCUGUCCACUGUGGUCUCCUACAUCUACAUCAGUAUAACCAUUCUGAAAAUACCAUCCUCGCAUGGACGUCACAAAGCUUUCUCAACCUGCGCCUCUCAUCUGACAGUUGUCUCUUUGUACUACGGGACUGUGAUUUUCAUGUAUGUCAGCCCCACCACCCGUUCUUCCUUUAACAUGAACAAAAUCAUAGCUGUGGUGUACAGCAUUGUCACACCAAUGCUCAACCCGAUGAUCUACAGUUUAAGGAACCAGGAUAUGAAAACAGCCUUGAAAAAAAUAAUUCUGAAAAUGAAUGUUAUUAGAAAAAAACUUGAGACGUCCAAGGACCUAUAUCUGUAA